GAAGACAGCCGACCAAUCGGAGACAGGCAAGUAGGGCGCGUGUACGCCGCGAGCAGCGCGCGCGGGUGGGGGCACGGGCGCGCCCUCGGCCUCUGGGUUUAUAAAGCCGAGGCUGGGGCCGGCGCGCGCCCUCGUCGCCUCCGCUGUCCCGGCGGCGCUAACCGAACUCCCCACUCGCUGCUGCCGUCCGACAUGCUGAGCCACGCUCUGCUGUGCCUGGCCUUGGCUGUGGCGGCCCAGGUCGGCGCCGACGCCCCAGAGGAGGAGGACCACGUCCUGGUGCUGAAGAAGAGCAACUUCGCGGAGGCGCUGGCGGCUCACAAGUACCUGCUGGUGGAGUUCUAUGCUCCUUGGUGUGGCCACUGCAAGGCACUGGCCCCUGAGUAUGCCAAAGCAGCGGGGAAGCUGAAAGCAGAAGGUUCUGAGAUCAGACUGGCAAAGGUAGACGCCACUGAGGAGUCUGAUCUGGCCCAGCAAUAUGGUGUGCGUGGCUACCCUACGAUCAAGUUCUUCAAGAACGGAGACACGGCUUCUCCCAGGGAAUAUACAGCUGGCAGAGAAGCCGAGGACAUAGUGAAUUGGCUGAAGAAGCGCACUGGCCCUGCUGCCACCACCCUGUCUGAUGGAGCAGUUGCAGAGUCUUUUGUGGAGUCCAGUGAGGUGGCUGUCAUUGGCUUCUUUAAGGAUGUGGACUCGGAUACUGCCAAGCAGUUCUUGCAGGCAGCAGAGACCAUCGAUGACAUACCGUUUGGGAUCACAUCCAACAGUGAUGUGUUCUCCAAAUAUCAGCUGGACAGAGAUGGGGUUGUGCUCUUUAAGAAGUUUGAUGAAGGCCGGAAUAACUUUGAAGGAGAGGUCACCAAGGAAAACUUGCUGGACUUCAUCAAGCACAACCAGCUGCCACUGGUCAUUGAGUUCACUGAGCAGACAGCCCCAAAGAUCUUUGGAGGUGAAAUCAAGACGCACAUCCUGCUGUUCCUGCCCAAGAGUGUGUCAGACUAUGACAGCAAACUGAGUAACUUCAAGAAAGCAGCUGAGAGUUUCAAGGGCAAGAUCCUGUUUAUCUUCAUCGACAGCGACCAUGCUGACAACCAGCGCAUCCUUGAGUUCUUCGGCCUGAGGAAGGAGGAGUGCCCGGCUGUGCGUCUCAUCACUCUGGAGGAGGAAAUGACAAAGUACAAGCCCGAGUCCGAUGCACUCACGGCAGAGGCCAUCACAGACUUCUGCCGUCGUUUCCUGGAUGGCAAGAUCAAGCCCCACCUAAUGAGCCAGGAGCUGCCUGAGGACUGGGACAAGCAGCCCGUCAAGGUGCUAGUUGGGAAGAACUUUGAAGAGGUUGCUUUUGAUGAGAAGAAGAACGUUUUUGUGGAAUUCUAUGCCCCAUGGUGUGGUCACUGUAAACAGCUGGCUCCCAUUUGGGAUAAGCUGGGAGAGACCUACAAGGAUCAUGAGAACAUCAUCAUUGCCAAGAUGGAUUCCACAGCCAACGAGGUGGAGGCCGUCAAAGUGCACAGCUUCCCCACGCUGAAGUUCUUCCCUGCCAGCCAGGACAGAACGGUCAUCGAUUACAAUGGAGAGCGGACGCUGGAGGGUUUUAAGAAGUUCCUGGAGAGUGGUGGCCAGGAUGGGGCAGGGGAUGACGAUGAUCUCGAGGAUCUGGAAGAAGCAGAAGAGCCAGACUUGGAGGAAGAUGAUGAUCAGAGAGCUGUGAAAGAUGAACUGUGACCGGGACAGACCUGGGUGCCCAACAUGGCACCUCUCGGGGCUGCACUCCCAGCAGCACGUGCUUCCAGAAGCUGUGGACCUCACCCGUAGGAGGGCAUCACCGGAGAUCCAGGGAAUCUUCCUGAAGAAAUAUUCAUCCUGACACCUGUAAACUUAGCCCUGUGUCCUCCUUUUGCUUUUCAAUUUUUGGAAAGGGAUUUAUCUCCAGACCAGCCCAUCUUGGUGGGCUAGUGUUUUUUUUGUUUUUUUUCCAAUUGUGACCUUUUUUGUACACGGCUUUGUCCAGAGUGCUCGCUAAAAUGUUUCAGAAUCUCACACUGGUAAUGUCCCUUCCUGCUAGAGAGGUCUCUACUAUUACUUAAAAUAAUUCCAUCUGUGGGAUUUUUAGACAUUUUCUGACAUCAGGGUGUUUGUUCCACCUUGGCUGGGCCUCCUUGGAAAUACCUGUCCACUGUGCAGAGAGGGAUGAGGCCAGUCUGGACACAGUUGCUCUGCACCUCACACCAGCGUUGCCACAACUGAGCACGGUUCUUCAUUCCUGGGUUAGAUAGAGACUUGCAGGUCCUAUCAAGGAGGCCCCCAUUUGGAGGAGGCCAGGUGACAGCUAGCUCCAGGGCCUGGGACAGGCCUGGGCAUUCCCCUCCCCUCUUCAAGUCGGGUUCUUCAUCCUGUCCAGGGUUCACUGCUCGAUGGCCGCUGGACUCUUCCCAGCAUGGUCCAGGGUCUGUUCCAGGAACUAGGACCCUGACCCAGGCUGGGGGAUGGAGCUGGCUCAAACGUUGGCUAGCUCUUCAGGCAUUUCUAUCACAAUAUGGAAUUGGACACAUUGGCCAAAUAAAGUUGAUUUUACUGCC